AUGGCAUCUCCGGCGUCCCCUAGGAUCCUCGUCCCGGUUUGCCAGGGAGACUUGGCGUCCAGCGGCUGGAGCGGCGUUGCCGGACGUGGGCAGGCAGAGAGACCCCCCUUCCUUCCUCCGGGGGUGGCCGGUCCCCGCGGCCCGGCGGCCACGGCGCGGCCACCCGGUUCGUUACCACCCGCGACAGCUGAGGCAGCGUCUGCCGUGCGGAGACAGCCCCGCGGCGCUGCCGUGCAGCGUUGGACCUGUCAUGGCCGGGGUUUCCCUCGCAAAAAUAAACUUUACCUCGGGGUCCAUUUUCCAGACACAGAGAGGGCAGAAUGGCUCAACAAGACUGUAAAACAGAUGUGGCCUUUUAUUUGCCAAUUUAUUGAGAAGCUCUUCCGGGAGACCAUCGAGCCAGCAGUGAGAGGAGCAAACAACCACCUCAGUACCUUCAGCUUUACAAAGAUUGAUAUUGGUCACCAGCCUCUGCGGAUAAAUGGUGUAAAAGUGUACACUGAAAAUGUGGACAAAAGGCAGAUCAUUUUGGAUCUUCAAAUCAGUUUUGUUGGAAACUCUGAAAUUGAUUUGGAGAUCAAGAGAUACUUCUGCAGAGCUGGUGUGAAAAGCAUACAGAUCCAUGGCACUAUGAGGGUUAUCCUGGAACCGCUAAUUGGAGACAUGCCCCUAAUUGGAGCACUGUCCCUUUUUUUCCUUAGGAAACCUCUUUUGGAAAUUAAUUGGACUGGCCUGACCAAUCUUCUGGAUGUUCCGGGACUGAAUGGCUUAUCAGAUACAAUAAUACUGGAUAUAAUAUCCAACUACCUGGUCCUUCCAAAUAGAAUUACUGUCCCCCUUGUCAGUGAAGUGCAGAUUGCUCAGCUGCGGUUUCCUAUACCAAAGGGAGUUCUAAGGAUACAUUUCAUUGAAGCUCAAGACCUAGAGGGGAAAGAUACUUACCUAAAAGGCAUUGUCAAAGGAAAGUCAGAUCCUUAUGGAAUCAUUCGUGUGGGCAACCAGAUUUUCCAAAGCAAGGUCAUCAAAGAAAAUCUCAAUCCAAAAUGGAAUGAAGUUUAUGAGGCCUUAGUAUAUGAACAUCCAGGACAGGAGCUAGAGAUUGAGCUCUUUGAUGAAGAUCCAGAUAAAGAUGACUUCCUGGGAAGUUUGAUGAUAGAUUUAAUUGAAGUUGAAAAGGAGCGUCUUCUGGAUGAGUGGUUUACUUUGGAUGAAGUGUCCAAAGGAAAAUUGCAUUUAAAACUGGAAUGGCUCACAUUGAUGCCAACUGCUGAAAAUCUAGACAAGGUGCUAACAAGCAUUAGAGCUGAUAAAGACCAAGCCAAUGAUGGGCUUUCUUCUGCAUUGCUUAUUCUCUAUUUGGACUCAGCAAGAAACCUGCCUCAUAAUCCAUUAGAAUUUAACCCUGAUGGCUUGAAGAAGGCUGCUGUUCAGAAAGCCCUAAAGUCAGGAAAGAAAAUAAACAGCAAUCCCAACCCACUUGUUUUGCUGUCAGUUGGACACAAGGCACAGGAAAGUAAGAUUCGAUACAAGACCAAUGAACCCGUAUGGGAGGAAAACUUCACUUUUUUUGUGCACAAUCCCAAAAGACAAGAUCUUGAAGUUGAGGUGAGGGAUGAACAGCACCAGUGUUCUUUGGGGAACCUCAAACUGCCUCUAAGCCAGUUGUUGGAGAGUGAAGAUUUAACUAUGCAUCAGCGGUUCCACCUGAGCAACUCCGGUCCAAACAGCACUAUAAACAUGAAGAUUGCACUCAGGGUCCUUUCUCUUGAAAAGCAGGCAAGAUCUCCAGAUCAUCAACACUCAGCCCAAGUAAAAAGGCCAUCUGUUUGCAAAGAUGGAAGAAAAUCAUCUUUUAAGCCUCAGGUUCCUGUUUCACCACCACCUGAUUCAAACAAACCUGUUCCAGCCUCCCCAGUGACUGACAGUGAUAAAAAGACUGAUACAGCUGAAAAAAGUCAGCCUCCCAAUGCCAGCCCUCAGUGGCCAACAGAUCUCAGCCGAAGUUCCUCCAGUCUUCAAGCCUCUAACUUCUCUUACUCGCCCAGCCACCUGUCAGUUAAAGAACCCACUCCCAGCAUAGCCUCAGACAUAUCUCUGCCUAUUGCCACGCAGGAGCUACGGCAAAGACUACGGCAGCUUGAAAAUGGAACAACUCUGGGGCAGUCUCCAUUAGGACAGAUCCAGCUAACAAUUCGUCAUAGUUCACAAAGAAACAAACUGAUUGUGGUAGUGCAUUCCNACAGAAAUCUAAUAGCGUUUUCAGAAGAAGGAUCCGAUCCAUAUGUGCGAAUGUAUUUAUUGCCUGAUAAGAGACGAUCGGGAAGAAGAAAAACACAUGUAUCAAAGAAGACAUUAAACCCGGUGUUUGAUCAAAUAUUUGAUUUCAGUGUUUCCCUGCCUGAAGUACAGAGAAGAACACUAGAUGUAGCAGUGAAGAACAGUGGUGGUUUCUUGUCCAAAGAUAAAGGGCUGCUCGGCAAAUUACUAAUACCUCUGGCAUCUGAAGAACUUGCUAAAGGCUGGACCCAGUGGUAUGAUUUAACAGAAGAUGGUACAAGGCCACAGGGUGCAAGUUAG